CAUGGACAGCUCUGAACAAGUGGCACGGACAGAUUUAGAAUGGGCGAUCGGAAUAAAUCGGGUUUCCUUGAAAAUCCUCGGUCUCUGGCCCGACGAUAAGCUGACCCGUCGACAAAAUCUCAUCGCAGAUGCGCAAGCCUUCUCCAUUUUUUUUCUGAUGAUGUUCACGGCGAUCUUGCCCCAGACGUUCGCCUUGUUCCAUGUGUGGGGCGACAUAAUGGCAUUCACCGACAAUCUGCAGAUUUCCGUGCCCUUCUCAGUGACGGUCAUGAAAUUCUUCAUCAUGUGGAUUCGCAAAGAAGAACUCAAGCCGCUCGUGAACAUGAUCGUGAACGACUGGUUCAAGACGAAAACGACGCUGGAACGGAAGACCAUGAUCAAGCAGGCGAGAAUCGCCCGUAUGAUCGUCAUGUUCGGCGGUAUCAUGAUGACCCUGGCGAGUAUUAUUCUCAUCAUACCACCGUGCUUCGGGUACUCGAUGAGAUACCAGACGAACGUCACGGACCCGGGCAAAACGCUGCUGCUGCAAUCGUACUUCUUUCACGAGAUAAAGAGCCCGUUCUUCGAGAUCGCGUUCAUCGGCCAAGCUUUGUCGAUCUCGUUCGCAGCGAUCUCUUACACGGGCAUCGACAAUUUUCUGGGUCUGGUGGUGUUUCACAUAUGCGCCCAACUGGACAUUCUCAAGUAUCGUUUGCUCAAUUUGCACAACUUCCGAGACUUCAACGCCGGGUUAUCCUACAAUAUCAAGGACCACUUACGUCUCAUCAGGUCCGUCGAUGUCAUUGACAACACAUUCAACUUGAUGCUCUUGGCGCUAUUACUAUUUUUCGGCAUAUUAUUUUGUAUGCAAGGAUUUCUAUUAAUUAGCAUCAUCGACGGAAAAGGCGGGGACGUUAGCGUUACGCGAAUAUGUUGGCUCAUUUCGAUACUUAUUAAUACGUUCGCUCACAUGUGCCUAUACUGUGUAGUCGGCGAGGUCCUCAUAGCUAAAUGUGAAGGGGUAUAUUAUGCGACGUACAGUUUCGCCUGGUACACGCUGAAGCCGAAUCAAGCCAAAAACAUGUUGCUGAUGAUGUUACGUACCGAGAAGCCUCUGUACAUUACCGCCGGCAAGAUAUUUCCCAUGACAAUGUCAUUGUUCUGUAGCUUGAUAAAGACAUCAGCCGGAUACAUAUCCGUAUUGCUUACUAACCGUUAAUUAUCCGAUAUCGUCUGAAAAGUUGUAUGACGGUGUCGUAACGUG